AUGCUUAUUACGCUCAACGAUUGCGGUAAAUUCCUCUAUAACAACAUCAAUGGUUGUGUGAAGAAUGUCGAAAAUUUUGGAACAUACUUGGGUGUACUCCAUAUCUGUUCAAGAGGCCGAAGGAAGGAAUCAAAGGCUGAUGAGCUGGAUGUGGCUGAGCGAGGUGAGCUACAUGCAUUGGACGUGUCCUCUUUGGCUUCAGAAAUUGGUAGUCUACCGUCGAUUCGGGAUAUUGAGGAGGAUUUUGAGGAUGAAAGAGAUCAAAAAUCGCCAAGGAUGAGCGUAAAGGUAGCUCUGGGUAUCACUAUUGGCUGGAUAUUCUUCUGCUCGGCGUUGUUUCGUCUGUGGGAGGAUUGGACAUACGCUGAAAGUUGCUAUUUUAUGUUUAUCAGUUUAUCAACUAUAGGUCUAGGUGAUAUAUCGGUAGCAAGGAGAGAGUAA